AUGGCUGCCGUGUGCCGUCCCUGCCUAUUCUCAGCGCAUCUCCCCUACUGCUUACUUCCAGUGGUUCUCGCCGCACUACAGCCCGCCGCAACGAAGAAGAAGCAGUGCAGUAUGGCCUUGGCCUGCUCCUGCCCGGAGUCCGGGUGCGCCUUCGUGGGCUCCCCGGCGAUGCUCCUCAAUCAUCUCGCCAACAGCCACCAGCGCCCCGCCGUCACGGUCCGCUACGGCCUGUCCUCUAACCUCGGCUUCUCCCUUUCGCACCCCUGGCAUGCGCUCGUCGGGGAGGACGACCGCAGCGUUUUCCUCGUGUCCCUGGGCCCCCUGGGCGCCGCUACGGCCGUGUCGCUAGUGUACGUCAGGCCCGACGGUGAGGCCGAGGUGGCGCCCCGGUUCUGGUGCAAGCUGUCCGUGGGGCCCCCGGGUAUCGACAUGGUCCUCAUGGCCUCGCCGGUGAGCAGCAGCAUGCUGGCCGCCGGCGCACCCGCGCCGUGGCAGGGGAUGUUCUUGGCGGUGCCCCAGGAGAUGCUCUCCGGUGACACGCUCACGCUCAGCAUCUGGAUCGAUCUGAACCCACCUUCCGCUGGCGCUCCCAAUGAAGUCGACUACACCACAGGCGAGGACAUCGAGGAGGAUGCUGUCAAGCAGGGGCGAGCCAGCAAAUUUAGCCAUUGA